UGGGGGGCGCUGGGAUGCAGGCUUAGGGGGCAGCACAGGGGGCGCCGGGGUGGGGCCAAGGGGCCUCUAAUAUGACUCUCAGAUCCCAGGGGCAGGUGAAGGGGCUGGGGACAGGUUGGCAGAUAGAUCCUCCAUCCUUUUUCUUGUGACUAGAACAUAUUUUGCCCUGGAGUCCCGGAUACAAACCCCGUGGACGCUGUGCAGGGCAGCUGUUCAAAGCAAAUACUCUCCCUAAUUCUCUGAUAGGUUAAGUGUAAAACCCCUGCUGCUUCCUGGGGGACAUUUGUGCUAAUGAUGGCGGCUCCUGCUCACUCAAAGGACAUGCUGACUCAAGUGACCCAACUCUGGAGUAUGCUGGAUGAGAUGGCAGAAAGCACCCCUGAGAGUUACCACAGAUUCAUGCAGCAGCAGCUGGAGGAUGCAAAGCAAUAUUGCACUCCCCCUGAACCACAUCUUUGCCUACAGACCCACAUACUGGAUCCUAAGGAAAAAUCAUUAUUCAUUAACCUCUGCAGGUGGAAAAGGGUCCCAGCUCCUAAGUCACCUACUGAUCCAAUACCUCUAAGUGCUGGCCCACUUGAGGAGGUGUCCGAUAAAGCAGAGACUUACUCCAUCAUAGAUAUUGCAUAUAAUCCGACUGUUCUUCAGCGAGAGAACCAAGCAGAAAUGGAUCACUUGAUCCGUCUGACAUUUAAAUACAUUGAGGAGCAUUACAACCUCUCUCUCUCCCACUCUUACCACAUUGCAACAUUCACACUCAAAGGAAGCCUGAAAAGGAUGAAACAGAGUCUGAGAGGAGGGCCACUACCAGCUCCACUUUUCAACAAGAACACGAGGAAUGAACUGACACUGGACCAGAUAAAGAACAACCUCAGAGAGGAGGACCGCAAUAAUGCUACACUGCUGCUGAACAAGGAUGUUACACAGUCUAAAGUGCAUCUGAUAGAAGAAAUUGCCAGUAUGGAGCUGCCACAGGAGCCAGUCACACCAACCUAUGAACUGACCAUUGCAAAGGAUGCAAACAGGAAACCUCUAAAGAUUGAACUGAAAGUAGAAAUGCCUAAAGUUAGUUCCAUUUCUGAAUGUGAACUGAGCCUUUCAAGGGAUGAUGUAAUCAUUGAAGUCCCUGAAAAAUACAGAUUACAGCUGGAUUUGCCAGAGUUGGUCGAUGAAGAAGCAACUACAGCAACAUUUAACAAAGGAAAAGCUGAGGCAACAAUAGUAAAAGAAAGCUGCGCAGCUUGUCUAGGAUUCAAUGUGAUCAGGUUGGGGAACUCUGAGCACACAAUGGACAGUGUUUGGAUGAAGAAGACUUCUCCACCUGACUAGCAGGAGGCAGCAAACUUUGGAUGCGAAGGAACCCGUUCUUCCCAAGUCCAGCUGGCUCAACACUGAAGAACAGACACAGGAGGCUCACCAUACUGGUUAUCUACCUGUCGCUCAGACCCACACCACAACCCUUCAAUA